GAUCAAGAGCGGCAUUACAGUAGUGUGGUGAGAGAACAGUCAGCCACUCGACCACGGGUGUGAGAAUCCUCAGAGCAAGCAGAAUUAAUAAUGGAUCCCAUCUACUCAAAUGAGAAAUCGGAGAAGUCUGAUAAUCCUCCAACGUACCAGGCCAAUAUGGGGCAAGGGGUCGCCCCUCAGGGGGUUUACCCUCCAGUCCAGGGGUACGGUGCUACACCUUAUGGAGCUCAGCCGUACCCGGGCCAGGGCGGCGUCACCGUCCAGCCCACCAUGUUCGUGACCCCGGCGAUUCAGGUUAACCCCGUCCCUGAUUACCUGGCUUACUCCAUCUUCACCAUGGUGUGCUGCUGCUUACCCCUGGGCAUCGCAGCUCUCAUCUACUCCAUCAACACUCGAGACGCCAACCUGACCGGCAACAGGGAUAUGGCGUUGAGACACUCCCGCACGUCACGGCUCCUGAACAACAUCGCCCUGGGGCUCGGGAUCGUCUCCAUAAUCAUCGUGAUCAUCAUCGUCGCCGUCUCGGCUUCGACAGCUGCUGCGAGCAUACACCACUUUAACUGAUCCACGAGAGAGCUUUACCAAGGCAUCGUCAUUCAUUAAAAGAUUAUUAUUCUUUUACAUUGCGUAUCGAUUUAUUUUAUAUGAUUGGCUUUAUUUUAAAUAAUACUGAGCAUCUAGAUAUGAUCUGCAGCAGAGAUGUAUGUGUACACAUAAAGAGUUCAGUGCACCUUUAUACUGCAAGCGUGCGAACCUAAAUUCUGUUCCUAUUCCUGUAUUUGAAUGUAUAAGUCAACAUUUAACAUUAUAUAUAUAUAUAUAUAUAUAUAUAUAUAUAUAUAUAUAUAUAUAUAUAUAUAUAAAAUAACAUUAUUCAAUUAUUAUUAAAUAAUGAAUAAUUAUACAGCAACACUUCUUUGUUAUACGCUUCCAGUCUGAGUUACUAAAUAAAUUACCAACUUGGUGUGUAUUCUUUA